GCCCCGAGUCUCUAUGGUAGCGCCGGCCUCGGAGGCGGUAGCGGCAGUUGCGGCUGUUGGGAGAAAAAGAGUGAGAGAUCUACUUUCCUAACUGGCUCGGUGGCUUUUGGCGCAGAGGGUCGCGAUGUCAGAGAAAAAGCAGCCGGUAGAUUUGGGUCUCCUGGAGGAGGACGACGAGUUCGAGGAGUUCCCUGCCGAAGACUGGGCUGGUUUAGAUGAAGAUGAAGAUGCACAUGUCUGGGAGGAUAAUUGGGACGAUGACAAUGUAGAGGAUGACUUCUCCAAUCAGUUACGAGCUGAAUUAGAGAAACAUGGUUAUAAGAUGGAGACCUCAUAGCAUCCAGGAGAAGUGCUGAAGCAAAUGAAACUUGAACUGUUAACUAAAUUCUAGGACAGAGAACCCAGGAUGGGACACUUUAAAAAAUGUUUAUUUCAGCAUCUGCUUGGAUUUAUUUUUGUUUCUUGUAACACAAAAAAUAAAUGUUUUGAUCUAA